AUGGGAUUGCGAAGUGAAAUAUUGAUACAUCCACCCAAAGGAGGAAAACAUGUCACCGGAGGGGUUAUAAGAGGAAUGGUGAAGUUCCAUCUGGACAAAGACACAGACUUCAAGAAGAUAAGUAUAGCUCUCAUCCAGAAAGGCCAUGUUCAAUGGUAUGAAUUUGCAACGAAGUCAACUGUCAAUCCACGUAGGACGGUGGGCAAUAGAUAUGUGUACGAGGGCAGAGAAGAAGCUACUCUAACAAAAUUCUACUUUCUAAACAAAGAAUUGGACGAAAAAUGUGACACCAGCACGUUAAAAGCCGGAUCGUAUGAACAUCAAUUUCAAAUUCAAUUACCAGAGGAGAUUCCAGCAUCAAUCAACACAGAUAUUGGUGAAAUCAAUUAUAAUAUAAAACUAAAAUUCAAGAAGCCUUCAGUGUUCAGUUUCAACAAGGUAUUUAGAACACCUAUUACUAUAUACCCCAGAGUGGACCCCAAAAUCCCUGACCAACCUGUCACAGUGUCUCUCGACAAAUCUCUCUUCAAGCUGUUUUCGUCCAAAAAACAUGAAAUUAAGCUUAAAGCUGAACUUGAUAAAGGAUUCCUGAUUCCUGACGGUGAAAGCAAAAUAUCAUUUAAUGUUAUCAAUAACAGUGAUGUAAUUUUUUCUGUUAAAACGGAACUAGUUUCUAAAACGAAGUAUAGAGAUAGAUUCAUGGUUGAGAAAAUUGCACGAGAUAAUCCAAAGAUAGAGAGAAAAGUAAUUCGUGCUUGUACGGUUGAAACUCCAAGCAUACCUGAACGCAGUGUAUCAUCUGACAUGUAUAAUAUAAUACCAGUAGCUGCAGACUUAUGCACAGUGAGACAUUCUGAAAUUAUAUCAAGAGAAUUCAAACUAAAGGUUACGUUGAACUUGCCAUUGCCUCACAAAAAUGCAUGUGUUGAUAUUCCUGUAUUUAUUGGGGAAAACCUCAAUAUGGUUAAUGAACUAGAUGCCGGUUUCGGUGAGCCAAUGGAGGCCCCUCCGUCUUAUUGGGAAGUUAUGACCGAAGAAAUGUCUAAAUAA